CUUAAAAACCAACUCCCACCGCUCCGCUCUAUUAUAUCUCGACUUCCCCAUUCUAAGAAGCAUGCGCCCCGCACGUGCCGGGGAUCCGCCGAUGAGCUCACCGGUCGUCGUCGUCGUCGUCCUCCUUCUCUUCCUCACGCCGGCGGCGGUUGUGGUGGCGUGGCGGCCGUGGCCGCAAACCGUCCUAAACACGACCAUCACCAGCGGAAAAGAUGGCGGCGUCGCGAUGGGCCUCGGGGCCUCCAAGAAGUACGAGGGGUCGUCGGAGUUCGUCCACCUCCGCUACCACAUGGGCCCUGUCCUCACCGCCAACAUCACCGUCCACCCUAUCUGGUACGGCGACUGGACCCGCGCCCAGAAGCAUAUCCUCCGCGCCUUCCUCCACUCCAUCUCCCCGCCCGACCCCGCCGCCGUCUCCAUCCCCUCCGUCGCCGCCUGGUGGCGCACUGUCCAGCUCUACACCGACCAGACCGGCGACAACGUCUCCCGCACCGUCAUCCUCGGCGCUGAGAAGAACGACCGCCGCUACUCCCACGGGAAAUCCCUCACUCGCCUCUCCAUCCAGUCCGUCAUCCGCGCCGCCGUCACCGCCCGCACCCGCCCUCUCCCCGUCAACCCCCGCGGCGGCCUCUACCUCCUCCUCACCUCCGCCGAUGUCGCCGUGCAGGACUUCUGCGGCCAGGUCUGCGGCUUCCACUACUUCACCUUCCCCUCCAUCGUCGGCUACACCCUCCCCUACGCGUGGGUCGGCAACUCCGCCGCGAAAUGCCCGGGGAUCUGCGCGUACCCCUUCGCCGUGCCGGAGUACAUCCCCGGCGCUCGCUCGGCGGGGCGGCCGCCGAAUGGGGACGUGGGGGUGGACGGGAUGGUGAGCGUGGUGGCGCACGAGCUGGCGGAGAUGGCGUCGAACCCGCUAGUGAACGCCUGGUACGCCGGCGGCGACCCCAGCUUCCCGACGGAGAUCGCCGACCUCUGCGAGGGGAUCUACGGCACCGGCGGCGGCGGGGCGUACACCGGCCAGCUGCUGGUGGACGGCCGCAGCGGCGCGGCGUACAACGUCAAUGGCGUAGGCGGCCGUAAGUUCUUGGUGCAAUGGAUCUGGAACCCCAACCUCAACUACUGCUCCGGCCCCAAUGCCCUCGACCAAUGAGACGAGCCAUAUUAUUAGAUUAAGCCAAAGAAAGCUAUGGUAUUUGCCGUAUUUACUCAGUUAUAGUUUUCACGAAGGUAUUUAAGUUUUAAAAUGGCCUUGUCUCUUGGGUUAUCUUCUCUUUCGAGUUAAUAGUAAGUAACAUGCUACUAGAGUUAGGGUGUUGAUUAAUAAGAAGAAAGGAGAGGGGAGGAGUAAUGUGAUAUUUUUGUGUAUAAGGAUGUGGGCUUGUUUUGUUGUUGUACACAGGAAGGAGUUAGGAUGGGAUUUGCUCUGGCUUUUGCUUUAGCUGCUAUAUAUCUUGCUCUAUGCUUCUUGGGGUGGUCUGGGUUUUGCUUCA